CGGAUGUUCUGCGUGGCGUUUUUUGAGUUCGGCGGCGGGUGUGAAGUUAGUCAGCGGGUCUCCGGUGAAGUUUAACUGCAGCUAGUAUGAUCCCGGUUUAACGGAGGAUCAAGCGCUCUGAUCCCCGCAGUCACCGCUGAGGCAGAGUCAAUUGGAGUCAGUCAUGAAGCAGCGGCAGAGGAGCUCACAGCGGGCGCGGGACUCAGAGGAGGAGACCCGGAGCGAGCGCUCCAUCACCGCGGCCUCCUCUGAACGCGCAGCCGGACUCACGCUCUCCUGCGGCGGCCUGCUCUACCUGUGCGUGCCGCUGAUCCUCUCAGGGCUGUAUGUGCAGCAGGGCUGGAGGCUGUCAGAGGUGGAGCAGAAGUACGAGUCUCUGCUGGAGCGCAGCCGCAGCUCUGAGCACAUGGAGGAGAAGAUGGAGGAGAUCUCUGCGCAGUGUGCGAGUGUGCAUGCUCUGGUGUCUGCGGUGGACGCAGGAGUGUGUGUGUCUCAGAUGGAGAGUGUGUAUGAGCAGGUGUCAGAGCUCCAGCAGGGUUUCUCCAGUCUCUCUCUGCAGUCUCAGCAGCUCCAGCAGAACAUCAGCUCGCUCGCCCUCAGCCUGCAGGACAUGGACGACCACAGCAGUGUGCUGUGGUCCGGCGUGUCCUCCAGCGUGUCCUCCAUCCGCACAGACGUCAGGCGUGUGUCGGGGCUGCAGAUGGAGGUGCAGGACCUGCUGCAGCACACCUCCAGCCUGCAGGAGGAGCAGGGCCGGCUGGAGAAGCUGAUGGUGCGGCGCGUGGGGGAUCUGCUGGCCGACAGCAUCAGCCGCGUGUCCGCCGUCAGGAGCUCCGCCGAGAGCCACACACACCGCCUGCAGCAGCUCCACACACACCUGCAGCAGCUCUCCUCCGCACAGCACACACUCUCCACCCGCAUGCUGGAGCUGCAGAGCACGCAGGCCACGCUGAGGAGGAGCGCCAGCUACAGCGCAGACCUCCAGCCCACGCUCAGAUCCACACACACACGCCUGAACACGCUGGAGGAGCGGCUGGACGAGCUCACACUGCGCAUCGGACACAUCGCACACGACAUACUGCACUACAACACUCAGGAGGAGGUGGAGGAACCCAGAGGAGAUAUCAGCAACCCUCAGGAGGAGGUGGAGGAAUCCAGAGAAGACAUGAUCAACAACCCUCAGGAGGAGGUGGAGGAGAAAAACAGAGAAGAACAUCUGGAGAACCACAGAGAAGAAGAACAUCUGGAGAACCACAGAGAAGACAUCAUAGAUACUGAAGAAGAACAUCUGGAGAACCACAGACAAGAAGAACAUCUGGAGAACCACAGAGAAGACAUCAUAGACAAUGAAGAAGACCAUCUGGAGAACCACAGACCAGAAGAACAUCUGGAGAACCACAGAGAAGACAUCAUAGACACUGAAGAUGACCAUCUAGAGAACCACAGACAAGAGGAACAUAUGGAGAACCACAGAGAAGACAUCAUAGACAAUGAAGAAGACCAUCUAGAGAACCACAGACCAGAAGAACAUCUGGAGAACCACAUAGAAGACAUCAUAGACAAUGAAGAAGACCAUCUGAAGAACCACAGACAAGAAGAACAUCUGGAGAACCACAGAGAAGACAUCAUAGACACUGAAGAAGACCAUCUAGAGAACCACAGACAAGAAGAACAUCUGGAGAGCCAUGGAGAAGAAAAUCAGCGUUCAGUGGGGAACACCGAGCAUCAGGACCCCAGUUCAGUUCAGGUGUAGGAGAACACACAGUUUAACACUCCUCGUGGGCUUGUGUCCAGUGUGUGACCUCCUCAGAGAUCUCUCGGUGAGUGAUCAGACAUGUGUGGACACACCUGCACAGCUCUGCUACUGCUCUCUCCAGUGUGUGGAUGUUGUUCUGCUGUGGAAUGACCAACCAACCAAUCACAGCUCAAAGAAGGCGGAGCUUCAGGACACGCCCACCAAUGGCAGCUCGAAGGUGUGUAGGAAUGUAAAUGUGGUUAGGUGAGCUGCUCCACACUGCUGAACCUGACUAAAUCCACAAGCACACGCCACUGUUUGAGGCCUUAAAGAGGAGAUAUCAUGCAGAAAU